GGUUGACUUCUCCUUUAAUGCAGGUGAAGGCCUGUAAAAAUGAGGGUUGAUCCCAAUGUUAUUAAUAGGAAAAACAGAUAAAUAGGAAAUAUAAAUAUAUAGGAAGGCAGGUAUUUUUUUCCAGAAAAGGUGGCAACCCUAGGUGAGGCGGUCAAAUCAUUGUAACUUCAGAAGAACUUGGUGCUAAGAGCUAUCUUUAAUAACCCUGUAUUUUCUCACUUGCUAAAAAGCCACCCAACCCUAUGUCACCAAGACUUGUCAGUACAUGGCCUACUACUAACCUUAGCCCCAGCAAAUGCUUCUUGUCCCAUCAGCAGCAGCACCUCCCCCUUUGAGUGUAUAAAACGAUAGUUAGAAACAUAACAGCAUUGCUAUUGAAGCAAAAAUACCUGCUCACUAUAAGCACUGGAACUAGAUAGUAAUCUAGGGAUUGCUUUCUUAUAUGGAUAAAAGCCCAUGUUUACAUUUCGAUCAGGUGAAGUUUAAAAUAAUGGAGAUAAUAAGGUAUUAGCUGAAAUACAGGGGCUUAGGGGUGAAGUAGCAGAGAGAAGAAAUAACAGGCCAGAGGAGUCAAAUCGCUUACACAAGGAAGGGGGAUUACAUAGCGUUUAAUUGAGGGAGGAGCAAUAAAGAAUUAUUAGUAACACUUAGAUUUUUACAUUGAAGAGGGAGCAGGACGUGUUGUCAUUUUGCACACAAAUGUCCUAAAAAGGACACCGUACGACUUUGAACUGCCAGGGAUAGGGUGGCGCACGCAGCCCCUCUUGACUUAGAGUCACGUGGCCUGCAGCACUCCCCCUCCCACCAGAUUAGUUACAAACACAAGAUGGCGCGAGGAGAAGAGAAGAACUGAGAGCAACCGGAUUGACAGGGAGACUCAGGAGUCACAGAACUUGAAUUCACACCCAUGUUUAGCUGCACCAGAAGUCUAUGAAGCUGUUGACAGCAGGCCUACUUCAUGGUAGGAAAAGCAAGAGAUAUCUGCUUUGGACCCUCAGCAUCACAUACAACAUAGAUUAAAGUUGUCUGCCUACAAAACGUAAGAUGAUGGAAGACAAAGGACCACGUGUGGCUGACUACUUUGUAGUUACAGGGCUAACAGAUUCAUCAAAACCACUUGAGGAGGAGAUCCACUUUAAUGAUGCCUGUCAUAAAACAGCUAAACCAAAGGAACCCAUCACAGAUGUGACCGUGAUAAUCAAAUCCUUAGGGGAGGACGUGCCGCUGGGCUAUGUAUGCAUAGACAUUACCCCAACUGGACUAUCAGCUGACCUCAAUAAUGGAAGUAUUCGAGGGCCUCAGAUAUAUCUUUGUUAUAGGAGAGGAAGAGACAAACCACCUCUAACAGAUCUUGGGGUAUUGUAUGAAUGGAAGGAAAGAUUAAAGCAGGGUUGUGAGAUUAUCCACGCUACUCCAUAUGGGCGUCCAGCUAAUAUAAGCGGCAGUGCAUCCUCGCAAAGAGUAUUUAUCACAUACCGCAGAGCUGCAGCGAGUAUGAGCCAGAAUUCCUUGGCUGUAACUGAUAUCUGCAUAAUUAUACCAAGCAAAGGAGAGACUCCACCACACACAUUCUGCAAAGUGGAAAAGAAUCUGAACAGUAGCAUGUGGGGCUCUGCUGUGUACCUCUGCUACAAGAAAUCGGUUGCAAAAACAAACGCAGUAUCCUAUAAAGCUGGAUUGAUAUGUAGGUAUCCAGAGGAGGAUUAUGAAUCGUUUCCUCUGCCAGAAUCAGUCCCACUUUUUUGCCUGCCCAUGGGGGCGACAAUUGAAUGUUGGUCGUCUGACAGUAAUUAUCCACUCCCUGUUUUUUCCACUUUUGUUUUAACUGGAGCAUCAGCUGAAAAGGUGUAUGGAGCUGCUAUUCAGUUCUAUGAACCAUAUGCUCAAGAUCAGCUGACUGAAAAGCAACAAGUACAUUUAGGCCUAUUGACCAUUGCAGAGGGCCAGAUGGACACAUCUAAAAGUAUCCAUGUUAACAAGUGCAUCUGCCUGCUGUCCCACUGGCCUUUCUUUGAUGCUUUCAAAAAAUUUCUCACUUUCCUUUACCGCUACUCAAUAUCGGGUCCACACGUGCUGCCAAUAGAGAAACAUAUCUCCCACUUCAUGCACAAAGUCCCAUUCCCAUCUCCACAGAGACCACGCAUUCUAGUUCAGCUUUCGCCGCAUGAUACUCUGAUCCUAAGCCAGCCUGUGUCCUCACCGCUUCCAUUGAGUGGUGGAAAGUUUUCAACUUUGCUGCAGAAUUUGGGACCUGAAAAUGCUGUGACCCUGCUUGUAUUUGCUGUCACGGAGCACAAGAUUCUGAUUCAUUCGCUACGCCCCUCGGUUCUCACAAGUGUCACAGAAGCUUUAGUGUCUAUGAUCUUCCCUUUUCAUUGGCCGUGUCCCUACAUUCCACUCUGCCCUUUGGCCCUGGCAGAUGUGCUAAGUGCCCCAUGCCCCUUCAUCGUGGGAAUUGAUUCUCGCUACUUUGAUCUGUAUGAUCCCCCUCCGGAUGUAAGCUGUGUUGACCUAGAUACCAACACCAUCUCUCAAAUUGAAGGCAAAAGAAAUGUAACCUGGAAAAUCCUACCUAAGAAAGCUUGCAAGAACCUGCUCAACACUCUUUGUAACUUGUACCAGCAACUGGCAGAGUUGCAACACAGACCACGGGAAGAAGCUUUUAUGGAACUUGCAAUGAAUGACUAUGACUUUAACUAUGGGAAGAAGUUGUAUCAACUUGACAUGAAGAUUCAGGAAGCAUUCCUGUGCUUCAUGGCCUCUAUUUUAAAAGGAUACAGAUCAUACCUUAGACCAAUUACCCAAGCACCAUCAGAGACUGCAACAGAUGCCAGCUCUCUCUUCGAACUGCAAGGUUUCUUAAAAAGUCGUGAUCGCUCACACCACAAAUUCUACAACAUGAUGACCAAGACUCAGAUGUUUAUCCGCUUUAUUGAGGAGUGUUCAUUCGUCAGUGAUAAGGAUGCUAGCCUGGCGUUCUUUGAUGACUGUGUUGAGAAACUUUUCUCAGAGAGGAAUAUUCCAGACAAAGGUGACAAGGUGGAUGCGGAUAGACCAGGUGAGACGCGUCUUAUUGAACUGGAUGAGUCUCACAGAAGUGAGCAUACAGUGUUCAUCACACCGCCGGAAAUUCCCCACUUACCAAAUGGGGAGGAGCCCCCUAAAAACUAUAGUUACAAUGGGUUCCCUGUUCUUACCUUGGAUCUCUUUGACACGCCAGAUGGACUCCUCAAAAGUCAAAAACUAAGUACAAAAGCCACCACACCCUGCAGUCCUUCUCCAAUGUUCAGAAGAACAAAACAGGAAAUCCGGUCAGCACAUAAAAUAGCCAAGCAGUACUCCUCAAUUCCUCAGAUGUGGUCCAGAUGUCUACUGAGACACUGCUACGGACUGUGGUUUAUCUGUCUCCCUGCAUAUGUGAAGUUCUGCCAUUCCAAAGUGAGAGCCUUGCGCACAGCAUAUGAUGUGUUGCGAAAGAUGCACAUGAAAAAGAUUGACUCUGCUGAUGAGGUUUGCUAUCGGGUUUUAAUGCAACUGUGUGGCCAAUACGGGCAACCUGUCCUUGCUGUUAAAGUUCUCUUUGAAAUGAAAAAGUUUGGUGUGCAGCCAAAUGCUAUAACGUAUGGAUAUUAUAACAAGGCUGUCCUGGAAAGUGUAUGGCCCUCUGGGAAUCGAGGGGGAUACUUUCUGUGGAUAAAGGUGAGAAAUGUGGUGCUAGCAGUAGCCCAGUUCAAACAGGCUUUGAUAAAGCAACACACCUCAGCUCUUCAGCCUCCAGCUUCAGACUGCAGUGAUCUGGAUGCAGUCAGCCAUGGCAGCUUGGAUAGUUCUGUUGACAUGAACCCUACAGAACAGCCUUCAUUCAGUACAGAUGUAACAUAUGCUGACCCUGCUGAUGACCGAUCUAGUACAGGAGGACAGUCAGACCUUGGCUACAGUUCAUUAUCAAAAGAGGAAGUAAGGAGAGGAGCAGUGCAUGAUAUACAAGAGGAGAAGGAAGAUUCUAGAGAAAGUGACUCCAGUUCAUCAUCUGAUUCAGAAAGUUCCAAGAGCAACAGGGACUGUGUGUCACAAGGAACUGAUAGUCAGGGUCAACAUAUGUUGGCAAGCACAUCUAGUAUAGUCCGAAAUGAAGCAAAAUCAGACAGCGCUACCUAUACAGAUAGCAAUGACGACUCAACAGGUCUGCUGUUCACGCCCGCCCUUAGUGAUAAUUGUGAAAGGGAAGAAGUGUAUCAAUGCUGGAGUAUGCGAAAAAGACAUAAGAGUGCUAUGGAGUCAGAUCUGAACAAACAGAUGGCAUGGGAAAAGAGGAACAGACGUCUAAGUGGUGACAAUGUUGAAGAGUUACAUAUCAGUAAGUCUGGUGGACAACAAAGAAACACUGAAAACAUGGUGGACAAACUUGGAGCAGAUGCAAAAAUACUUAGCAGUUUAUAUCAGCAACGCAUGCAACGGCCCAAGACCCUGGACAUAAGUAAAAUGAAUCCCAGAAAGCCAAAGGAAGAUGUUGAAAAAGAGUCAAGUGAUGAUGAGUCUCCCAUAGGAGGAGCAGAUGACAAAGUGGACUCCCCUGUUAUUUUUGAUCUUGAAGAUCUAGAUAAUGAUUCUGAUGAACUCAGAUCAACAAAACCAUGUGUCCAGAAGGCCAGCCUUGCUAAGAGAAGUAUCAGCAUGCCCUUUACAUCUUCCAUGUGUCUAGCUAAGCCAUCUGAAAAAUCAGAUGUGAAGGUUGGAUUAGACCCUUUGUCAUUGCUGGCAGCUGAAACAGAUCAGACAGAAGUAGAACUGGAAGAAGAUGACAAAAGCUUACUAACACCAUCUGCUAAAAGGGACCUUGCAGAGGAAAUAGAAAUGUAUAUGAAUAAUAUAAGCAGCCCCCUUGCCAGUCGAACCCCUAGCAUGGACUUAGACAGAUCCAGUUCUGAACUCAAUAAAACAUAUAAAGCACUCAACAGGCGCUUGAGUGUACCUGCUAGAUCCCCACAAGCACCAAGACUAACAAGAUCAAUUACCACCCACACAAAGCAUGACAAAAGACAAAGGAGUAGGCUCUGGUCUUCUCCUGCCUUGUCCGAGAACAACCCCUACUAUGAACAAAGCCCAGAAUCCGCCCUUGAUUUAAUGUCCCCAACAUCAUUUAACUUUGAUACACUUCUCACACCAACCUUUGAUGUUCUUAAAAGCAACAUGUUCUCAGCUGGAAAAGGGGUAGCCAAGAAGGCCAGCAAAUGGUACUCAAAGAUAGCUAAUUAUGCUGGGCCUGCAAAGGAUCUGAAUUCUGACAGAGCCAGCCUGUCUUCAGGAGGAGCUGGGGAUACUGAGUCCUACUCUUUAAAUGAUGAUGAUUUUGAUGGCAGUGCUUCUCUGCAUGAAUCGGAUGUCUCUCCUGGAAUUAAUGCCAUAGGUGUAAGCAGAUGCAGCCUGGAGAGUAAUACAUCUCAAGACAGUAACUCUAAACAACUCUACAAUAGUGGUUUGCCUUCAAUGGCAUCUACAAACUACAAGACCGAGCUUCUUUCAUCCUGCAAUUCCAGUAGCACCAGUGUCUUCCAGAACUAUGCUAUGGAGGUUCUGAUAUCUAGCUGUUCGCGUUGCCUGACAUGUGACGGUCUUGUUCAUGAUGAGGAGAUUAUGGCAGGCUGGACAGCAGAUGACUCAAACCUCAACACCACGUGUCCAUUUUGCGGGAACUCUUUUCUUCCAUCCUUGAACAUUGAAAUUCGGGACUUGCGGCACCCAGGCCGGCAUUUUCUAAAGGCCAGCCCAUCUGCUGAGAGUAUGCCGCAUUCUUCAGUAUUAUCACACAGACCUCAUUCAGAGAUUCUGACUCCGGCUUCUCCCAGUGCUUCCACCAAAGUCAAGGAUUUUAGUUUGUGCAGUAAUACCAAACAAGAGAGUACUCGGGCUGUAACUCUAGAGAUCCCAGUGGGAAAGAGGACUAGAGAUCUCAGAGGGUCCUUAUAUCCAAAUCAACCCAUUGCACGAAGUAUCAGCACAUUUGGACCCUUGGAUGAACAGCCAUCUCAUGACCAGAGCCAUGUUCUUGCCACUGGCAGCCUCCCAACUUGCUUCCAGGCACCUCCUGACUCAGGACUGGAGUGGAGGAUGUCAAAUCCAGAGCCGAUCACAGUCCCAUACCUUAGCCCCCUGGUUGUCUGGAAGGAGCUGGAGAGCUUGCUGGAGAAUGAGGGUGACCAAUCUAUUACAGUUUCUGACUUUGUGGACCAUCACCCAAUAGUAUUUUGGAAUUUGGUGUGGUAUUUCAGGCGGCUGGACCUCCCAAGUAACCUACCAGGAUUAAUUCUCUCCUCAGAACAAUGCAAUAAAAAUUCAAAGAUCAACAGGAGCUGUGUGUCUGCAGACAGCAAACAUGUCCUUAUUCAAGUGCUGUGGGACAAUCUGAAAUUGCACCAAGAUCCACGGCAGCCUCUCUACAUCCUCUGGAACACUAUCAGUCAAAACCGCACUGUAGUGUUUGAUACACAGGAGCAUACACUAGCCGUGCCACAACUUAAAGAGGAGGAAUUGUUUGAUCAGCAGUUCCUCAGAGGGAUAGUAAGAAGCAUAAAGAACAACAAUGUUUAUGGUCCUGUGAGCCAAAUAUUGGAGUGUGUUGAGCAAUUCCCGGGAAGAGCGAGGCAGAGGAGUUUGUACAGGGAAAUUCUCUUUCUUUCUCUUGUUGCCUUGGGAAGAGAGAACAUUGAUAUUGAUGUAUUUGAUCGGGAAUAUAAAAUGGCGUAUGAGCGCCUCACCCCCGAGCAACUGAACUGCACACAGAUUUGCGAUCGCCCGCCAGGCAUCGGAGUGGUGGAGUGCAGGAAGACCUUUGGACAGCCAUUCCUCUAGGUGGUUUUAUACUUUGCUCUGGCAUAGUGUUAGUCCGUCACCAUUUCAGCUGGAAGUAAAGGCAAGAAGCCUUUACAAGAGAGAACGUGGAUGGAACAUGCAGCCUGUGGAAUCAGAGGAGAGAUCCAAGAACAACCUCCAUGUUGGCUUCAUUGGAAACAGGAUGAAUAGGAAACAAUGGGCUGGUGUUAAGGAGCAGCCUUUCUUUAUAUCCUUGUCUCCCUCUUUUAUUUAGCAAAAGAAUGAUCAGGAGAAGGUUUCUACAUCAUUCCGAGAGUUGUAGUUUACACGGACUAUUUCUAUUUAAUGUUACAGAUACUUACUAUAGAGGUUUACAUGACAGCGUCCUAGUCAUACAUUCAUUGGUGUUCCUUUUGUUACUGACUUGAUUAGUGAGCAAUGAACCACUUUAUUGGC